AUGCCUGGAGCAAGCGUUGCCGUUUUGCCGCCCCAGGCGGCAUCAACGUCGUCCCGAAAGACUUCCCUCGCACCUGAACGCAAAUACAAAUGCCAAUUCUGCAACCGAGCCUUUAGCAGAAGUGAACACAGAAGCCGCCACGAGCGAUCACACACCAAAGAACGUCCCUUCAAAUGCAUGAAGUGUAGAAGCACCUUUGUCCGCCGCGACUUGCUUCUUCGCCAUGACCGAACUGUCCACGCCAAAGACGGUGGUGUCCCUUUGCACAGCGACGGAAAGCGACGUGCUGGUCCCAAGACCCGUGGUAUUGAUGGCACACCCAAGGCAUCUCUCGCAGCCCUCGAUGCCUCCACCUUGGAGCAAAUGGAUGGUGGCCCGGAUAGCAUCUUUGAUGUCGAGGCCGCCGCCAUGCUUGUCGCCGACUUGCAUCACAAGGCCACUGCUGCCAUGCGCAGCGAUGACUCGCCCUACGACGACAGCCAAUCCAUGUCCUACUCGCCUCGCACCUCGGCUGCUAUGGAGCCAGCAGUCACGUACCCGUCUGGCGCCAUUGCCUUGCCCCAGGUUCAGUGGGAAAACUUCAUGUCGCAGCCUGGCGCGGACCCCAAGACCCAUCCCAUCACGCCUAGUGUUGCCGGCUCCUUCGAUUCGCAGCGCUCUUUUGCUAGUGGCGCCACUCUGCAGCCGCAUCCCAACCAGUUGCCCCCCAUCGGAAGUCAAAAUUCUCACGGCUUCGUCCCAGCCAUUCAGUCCAUGCUGAGAUCCGCCUCCCAUUCCGAUGCCGGCACCCCGAUGAGUCCUGCCUUUGACUCGGCCCAGGCUGGCUUCAGAGCUCCUCAGUUCUCCGGCGAUGACGAGCGUAACGCUAUUCUCGACAUCAUUCACAGUCAUGAUCGCGAAAACGCCAUCCCCGAAGGCUUCCGCCUACCUGGCCUCGGCUCACUGAACCGCUACCUGUCGACGUACUUUGGCCUGUUUCAUCACCACCUGCCCUUCUUGCAUCCGGCAUCUUUCAACCCCGCACAGAUCUCGCCUCCUCUACUCCUUGCUGUUCUGAGUAUCGGAGCUCUGUACGCCUUUGACCAAGACCAGGCCUACAUGCUGCACAUCGGCUCCAAGGUGCUCGUCAACCAGUUCCUGCAAAAUAAGGAAAAUUUCAGCUCUCGCAAGUGCCCGCUUUGGACCAUGCAAAGCUCGCUGCUGAACAUGAUCUUCGCUAGCUGGAGCGGUGACCCCAAGGGACUCGAAUGGGCGUGCUCGAUCAAGAGUCUGCUCGCCAACAUGGUCGCCGGCAAUCGCUAUGAGCUCAAGCUACGUCAAGAGGCCCGCGGCAAUGCCAAGCCUACGCGCGCCGAAUGGGUUGAGGAUGAAGGCUGCCGUCGCACGUACUACGCAGUCUACAUCUUCUUUGGUCUGCUGACGUUGACGUACAAUCACACUCCUGCCAUCAGCUUCAACGAGUUUGAGGACCUUCAGCUUCCGUCCACCGAAGCCCUCUGGAACGCCCAAGUCAACGAUGAGAGCGCCUCGCAAGAUCAUCUCAAGGGUCCUCCUGCCAUCACGUUCCUCGAGGCCCACGACAACCUUUUCCAAGGCGAGACUCUGCAAUACAGCGCAUUUGCCACUCGUGUCAUGAUCAACGCUCUGUUUCUGGAGGUCUGGUACCACAAACGAAGCCCCGAAGCACUGCAGGACGUUGUCACUGAGUACAAGCUGCGCCUGGCUCUUGAAACUUGGGACAAGUCUCUGGAGCGCUGUGAGCCUGAGACGGUCAACGUUCCUCUCAGCGCUCCCCACAAGGGACACCCGCUGAUUUUCAACGCCAAGGCCAUGUACAGAAACGCUCGUGCUCGCCUUGAGGUCGACCUGAAGGGUGUUCAAGAAGCUCUCCGCUAUCACGAUCCUUAUGAAGUUGGUGCUGCCAUGUCUCGUGCUCGCGAUCGCGUGAAGCGAUCGAGUGAGCUGAUCAAGGUUAUCGAGGAAUGCUAUAGCUGCAUCGAAACGGCCGUUUUACAGGGCGUUCGAUGGGUUGCCCGCACCUCACCUACCAAUUGGAGCGUAGAGCAUCCGUUGUGUGGGCUUGACCUUAUGAUCAUUCUCUCGCUUUGGCUCUAUCGUCUGGAACAUGACGAAGAGCCAGCGACGCAGGAAGAACUGGCCAUGUACAACAAAGUAAGACAGCUCUUCGUCAAGGACCUGGAUGAGAGUUACAUGUCCCAACUCAGCUCAAUUGUCGCUCGGCUUUGGGGCUCCAUGCUCGACGAAGUCGUGGUCUGGGGAAUCACCCGUCUCAUGGGCGAAUCCUUCAAGCUUCACUCCCAAGCGCUCGUCGGCUACGUCGACGAUCGCGAAGCUUCCUCAAGCGUUUCCACUCCUUCGAUGAUCUCGCAAGGAGCGGAUGAGGAUAGCGUGUACUAA